GUUUCUUCAUACGUUUCGUUCCCAAAAAAUUGACACAGAAGAGAGAAAACCAAAUUAACAAAAAACAAUUUCUCGCCUCUACUCGCAAAAACCCUAAUUUCAUCAUCUUCCUAUCUGAUUCCAAUUAUUUCUUCUACAAGUUUCCUUCUUCUUAUAAUCCAUCGUUUCUUCCUUCUAUCGCGUUUCACAAAGCUUGUCGUUUUUCUCUCCUUGUGGGUUGGUUAGGCCAAUUUGUUUCGAUUGAGCGAUUGAAUCUACGAGACGCAACAAUCUCUUUCUGGGUUAGGGUUUCUUCACAUAACCUUUUGUGGUUUCUUGUUUUGGGCGGAGUUUGGUGGUUUCUGGAACCCUAGAUAGAGAGGAGCCUUAGGGUGGUUAAUAUUGGCACUGGUGAUUUAGAUAUAGAGAAAGAGAUUUGAGAGAUAUAUGUGUAGGUGUUAGGGUUUUCAUUACUUGUGAAUUGUGGCUGUGGCAUUGAAUAGAGGUGUUUGGGGUUUUGUCCCUUUGGUAAAGGAUGAGUGUUCUCUAGUGUGAAGCUAAAUUGGUCUUCUAAGCCAUCUGUGUGAGGGAUGGAAGUGUAGAAGGUGCUGAAACAACUCAUUUGGAUUAGGGAUUGGAAUUGGAUUCGUCUUGUGGCCUUUACCGUGGUAGGGAUUUAGAUGGUAGAGAAAGCUAGGGUAGAUUAAAUUUUUUGUAAGAGGAGCUUUCUCUGUUGUUGUUGGUGGGGGGUGAAGAAGGUUAGAGAGAGUGUGUGUUCUUUCUUGUAUCUGAUGAGGUACAGCUUUCCUAAUGGACAAAGGUGAACACUCUUUAGCUCCGGAAUGGUUGAGAAGUUCAGGGCAUGCUUCUGGUGGUGGGAGUUCAAACCACCUCCUUGUAUCAUCCUCUUCUCAUUCAGAUUCUGCAUCUUUACAAUAUAAUAGCAGGAAUAGGAACUCUAGGAGCAAAAGUGACGUUGAUUCAAUUCAUUCUCCUUUUCUGGAUCGAUCUUCUUCUACUAAUUCAAGGAGGGGCUCUAGUAAUGGUUCUGCAAAACAUGCAUAUAGUAGUUUCAACUUUAAUAGGAGUCAAAGGGAUAAGGACCGCAGCAGAGACAAGGAUAGGGUAAGCUAUGUGGAUCCAUGGGACCUUGACACUUCUAUCCCUCUUAGAACUAUCUUGACUGGUAGGGAUCCGGAUCCAUUGAGACGAUCACAUUCAAUGGUUACAAGGAAACAGGGAGAACACCUGUCUCGAGGAUUAACAGUGGGCUUGAAUAAUGGUGGCAGUAGUAAUAGUUACAACGGAAAUGGACUACUUUCUGGACCUAGCAUUGGGAAUAGCUUUCAGAGAACUGGGUUUGAUAAGGAUUUUCCUUCUCUUGGAGCUGAAGAGAAGCAAAAUGGGCAAGAUGUUGUACGAGUCUCAUCUCCUGGUAUAAGUUCAGUUGUUCAGAACUUGCCAGUUGGUAACUCAGCUUUGAUUGGUGGGGAAGGUUGGACGUCUGCUCUGGCAGAGGUUCCCAAUGUCAUCGAGAAGGCUUGUACUGGGUCAUUAACGUCUCCAAAAGCUAAUGCUGUUAGCGCGGGAACUUUAACUGGCCCAAGUGGUCUUAACAUGGCUGAAGCAUUGGUGCAGGCUCCAGCAAGAACUCACACCCCUCCCCAAGGAUCUGUGAAGACACAACGGCUCGAGGAUUUGGCAAUCAAGCAGUCAAGGCAAUUGAUACCGGUUGUGCCUUCAGCACCAAAGGGCUUGAGUCUGAAUUCUUCUGAUAAAUCCAAGACAAAGCAAGUGGUUCGAACUGGUGAAACUUGCCUUGCUCCCUCAAGAAAUGCCCUACAACAGCCCGCUGUCCUACUUGGGAGUUUCCAGUCUAAUCCUAGUGGUCAAAUCAAACCUGAGAAGAAGCUGUUGGUUCUCAAACCGGCUAGGGAAAAUGGUGUCAGUGCUGUUAAAGAAUCUGGAAGCCCAAGUGCUAAUACAAACACUCGAGCUGCCUCUAGCCAGCUGAUGUCCAAUACUCAAUCAACCCAAUCUGCUCCUGUGAGAAGUACAAACAGCCCAAAGGAGCUCAAGGGAGCCAGUGCCUUCUCCAUGAUAUCUGGCCAAACAAUCGAAAAGAAACCUUCCGCUGCUCAAGCUCAGAGCAGGAGUGCAUUUUACAGUGCUCUGAAGCAGAAACAAACUGCAUCAACAAGCAUCACCACCGAUCCUGUUAGCUCUUCAACCAGUGCCUCUUCUUCUGUUGAGGUAAAACUCAACAGCUCAAAGGAUCUUAUAGCUAGUGACCCUUCAAGUUCACAGGCAACAAGUGGCGUCGAAGUGACUGACAGUGUCCAGGUAGCUUCUCAUACUAGUGGCUUUGAAGCAACUGACACUCCAGAUGAGGAAGAGGCACAGUUCCUUAGAUCACUCGGCUGGGUUGAAAACAAUGGUGAAGAAUAUCUCACAGAGGAGGAGAUAGAUUCCUUUUUGGAACAGUACAAGGAGCUGAGGCCGUUAUUUCCGGAGAGACUAUCCAUGAUACAUGAAGCAAGAGAGGAUGUAGCUUAAGACUCCUGAACCCAACUUUACAAAACUGAAGAAAGUACUGGUUUUUGGAAAGAUAGUUUCUAAUUUCUUUUUUAAUAUAUUUUUCUUCUUUUGGUCUUUUUGUUCCUGAGAAAAGCUUAGCUACUACUUUGGCAAUGGGAGAGGAGAAAGGCAGGGAGGGGUUUUUGUUUGUUUGUUUUGAUGAUUUGCAAAUAGUGCAAAUAAAGCUGAUGAGGCUUUGAGUUGCCAUAUGAGUGUCCUGCCCUCUUCAGACUUUGUAGAUCUUUCUUUGGUCUGAAAAAAAAAUGGCUCAGCUCUCACACACGUGUUCCUCUUUUUGUCUUUUUCUCUUGUCUCUAAUGUUUGAUGAGCAAGAGUUCGCUCUUAGGAGAA